AUGGAGGAACAAUUGGCAGAAUAUCGUCGAUCAAAAAAGAUUUCUCAAGAAUCGCUGUUCAGUCGAGUGUUUAAAAGAACUGACAGCGCAAAACAGAAGAUCCAGACGUCUUCUGAAACGGACCCAACGCCAUCAAUCGUUUCAUCACAAGUACCAAAGAGGAGUCAUAAAGAAAGUAUCUCCGCAAACGGUCCAUCAUCAAAUUCCAUAUUAGCUUCAAGUUAUCCAAGCUCCAGACAAGAAUAUAUUCUGCUUGGACUAAAGACGUUACUUUGGCUUCUUCUGUGGAAAUAUUUCAUAUCUAUUGAAUUUGGAGCUGUCUUUUUUAUAAUAUCCUGCUCCUAUCUCAUGUACAGAAAUACCGGAACUGGACCAAGGGUCAGUAAUAAACUGAGUGCAUACUCGGUAUUUAACCCUAAUCAGGAGCGUAUUGAUGGCACAUUUACAGCAGAACAGUUUGAAAAAGAACUUCGUCAUGGUUCCCAAUCUGUGAAUUGAAACUAC